AUGUGUAAGCUCGCAGCUCUUCUGGUCUUUAGUUUAAUUACUAAAAAUCUGAAUGGAUCUCUGGGAGGAUCCGCAGAAAUUCCGAGUCCUGAAAAGGAAUUGAAGGACCUGAAAUCCCGAUGUAGCGGUCACUUUUUCUCUACGUUGAGGCCAGUGAUGGAUUACUUUGCUGCCAACCAGGAUCGAUGGAAAACCUGUGAGGCGAUUAUAGCGAACGACACCCGUGCGGAAAAGAAUCAGAUACAAAUCCAGAUGGCAUCCCUGCAAGAAUCUGUGACCAAUGUAAAGUCGUCCCUGGAUUCCAAGGAUGUUAUUCUUCAAGACGUUGUGAAUAAACUUUACAGAACGGAGUCUCAUCUUACAGAACUAGGAAAUGAACUGGUAUCUCUGCAGCUCAAGAUGGAUAACCACCUCUCAGCAAUUAAGGAAACCCAGACAUCGCAGACAGCCUUGCAAGAAUCCGAGGUAAAGGAAUCUCUGGAGUCCAGAGAUGCAAGGCUGAGGAGGAUAGAAGAAUCUUUAAAUAACUUAAUCCAACAGGAAUCCAAGCAAUCAUCUCUAGAAAGUAAACUGCAAUGUGUUCAGACCAGUUUGGAUGGGCAAUUAGCAGACAUAAUGCAUAUUCUUAAGAUUAAUUCAUUCUUUCAGAAAGUGAAAUCAAGAUAUUUCCUUAUCCACCAUUUUAUGAAGAAAUCCUGGCUCGAUGCUGAAAGGUUCUGCAUAGAUCAUGGGGGGCAUUUGGCGACCUUCGAGAACGAAGAAGAGCUGGUGGCCUUUACACCGAAAGCCUAUUACAAUGUCCGAUAUUGGCUGGGUGUCAACGACAGGGACAGAAAGAGGAACUUUGUAUAUCCGGAUACCGACAACCAAGUUCCCUAUUUAAAGUGGUCUCCUGGGGAACCCGAUUAUUGGAACGAUAAUAUGCACUGCGUUGUUCUCUAUAUGGGUGCCAUGAGGGUGAAUGACUGUGAUGAAACAAAACCUUUUAUUUGUAAACGGAAUUUAGUUUAA